CAGGACAUACUCGUCAAUGAGCGAUAUCGCAUAGUUCGCAAGAUCAGCGAGGGGGGCUUUGGAAUGGUCUACUCCGGAAUCGACCUUGUAUCAGGCACGGAAGUUGCCUUGAAGCUAACCCACAUAAACGAUGACUAUGAGGCUCUCCAGGAUGAGAAUGGCACUUACGAGGCGCUCGCCGGCGGCGUGGGAAUUCCUCAUGUCCUGUGGUUCGGGCAGGAGUGUGAAUACUAUGUGCUUGUCCACGAGCUUCUCGGCCCAUCCCUCGAAGAUUUGUUCAAUUACUGCGACCAAAAAUUCUCGCUCAAGACUGUCCUGCUCAUUGCCGACCAGGUCAUUUCUCGGGUCGAGUAUAUCCAUUCCAAAGGCGUCCUUCAUCGCGACAUCAAGCCGAGCAACCUCUUAAUGGGCGUUGGCAGGAGAGGGAACAUAAUAUAUGCUAUUGACUUCGGUCUGGCCAAGGAACACUGGCUUGCUGAGCGAGACAACCGUUACCAGAACCAUCCGUUUUGCGGUACAACUCGAUACGCGAGUAUCAAUAACCACAACGGGCAGGAACAGUCGUGGAGGGAUGACCUCGAGUCUCUUGGCUAUGUCCUAGUAUACUUUGCUCUGGGCUCGCUGCCGUGGCAGGGUCUGAAGGCGGCGACAGACAAAGAAAAGCAGGAGCUGGUCAAGCACAUGAAGACAAGCCUAUCGGCCGAGGAGCUCUGUGCAGGCCUACCCGAUGCAUUCGCCAAGUACAUCAACUACACGCGGUCACUGCGGUUCGAGGACAAGCCCAAUUACGCACAUCUUCGGCAACUUUUUCGCCGUGUCUUCCAAUCGAAAGGGUUCAAGUAUGACAAUAUCUUUGACUGGACGGAGAAGAGAUUCAAUGAGAUCCACGGCCUCAAGGACAGUGGCUCAGUACCGCAACCUCCAGCGCCAAAGGGCGGCCGACGAAACAUGCGGAAUGCUGGAGGGGUGCUCAAACGAGGCCGCCAGCUGAGGCCAAAGCUGUCUAGAUUCCCUGGAUGA